UCUGGCUGCAGCAGUUCUGGUAAUCUGAUCCAAGAUCAGACAUUGUGGUCAAAAUCUAACUGCAGCUGAAUGCGGCAGCUGCUGCUUUUUGACAGUUGGUGCUGAAAGGAGAGCUGGAGACAGGGGGUAGCAAUGAAUGUCUGGUGAGCAAGUGGUAGUCAGGAAGUUGCUUUUGGAAACUGAGCUGGAAUCUCACAAACCUGCUGUGCUGUAGCCCUAUUCAUUUAUUCCAUUUGUUUACAGACUGACCUACUGACUGCAUGCCUUUUGGAUUAUCUUUGCAAAUAAAUACACACAACCUGGAGUUAUCUGGAGCAUUCUGUAAGAGGCUGCUUUGCUUAUUGUCUGUUAUUCUUCAAGUCCUGGCAAGAUACUUGAUCAGAAAUCAGAAUUUCACUGCAGUAGUGUAAACAUCCGGAACUCUUGUCACAAAGAAUGAAUGUAUUUGAGCUGUAGUUUAAAACAGCAGCAAGACUGUGGAUAUAAAUGAUAGAAGAUACAAUGACUUUGCUGUCUCUUUUGGGCCGGAUCAUGCGUUAUUUCUUGUUAAGACCUGAAACCUUAUUCUUACUGUGUAUUAGCCUGGCUCUUUGGAGUUAUUUCUUUCAUACAGAUGAAGUGAAAACCAUUGUGAAAUCCAGCCGAGAUGCUGUCAAAAUGGUAAAGGGGAAAGUGGCUGAGAUUAUGCAAAAUGACAAGCUUGGAGGGCUAGAUGUCUUGGAGGCUGAAUUCUCAAAAACUUGGGAGUACAAGAGCAAUAACGUGGCUGUGUAUUCCAUACAGGGAAGAAGAGAUCAUAUGGAAGACCGAUUUGAAGUCAUCACUGACCUAGUCAACAAAAGCCAUCCAUCCAUCUUUGGGAUAUUUGAUGGUCAUGGCGGAGCGUCUGCUGCAGAAUAUGUCAAGACUCGUUUGGCUGAAGUCCUCAAGCAUCAUCUUCAAGAGUAUGAAAAGGAAAAAGAGAAUAGUAUCCUGUCUCAUCAAAGUAUCCUGGAACAACAGAUUCUAGCAAUUGAUAAGGAAAUGCUGGAAAAAUUUUCCUCAGCUUAUGAUGAAGCAGGUACAACAUGUCUCAUAGCACUGCUGUCAGAUAAAGAGAUGACUGUUGCAAAUGUUGGUGACUCCCGUGGUGUCCUGUGUGACAAAGAUGGAAAUGCUAUUCCCUUGUCUCAUGACCAUAAACCUUAUCAGCUUAAGGAGAGAAAAAGGAUAAAGAGGGCAGGGGGCUUCAUCAGUUUCAAUGGAUCCUGGAGAGUGCAAGGAAUUUUGGCUAUGUCACGAUCUUUGGGAGAUUAUCCACUGAAGAAUCUGAAUGUCAUCAUUCCUGACCCAGACAUUUUGACCUUUGACCUCGAUAAGCUACAGCCUGAUUUCAUGAUCCUGGCAACAGAUGGCCUCUGGGAUGCCUUCAGCAAUGAAGAAGCUGUACGAUUCAUCAAAGAACGAUUAGAUGAGCCACAUUUUGGAGCAAAGAGUAUUGUUUUGCAGUCGUUUUACAGGGGCUGCCCAGAUAAUAUAACAGUCAUGAUUGUAAAGUUCAAAAAUAGCAGCAGAACAGAACAAUGAACUGAACCCAUCCAAGAAUUUAAAGAAACAGACUGUGUUUUUAAGAAAUACUUUUCCACUUUCACAAGGCAACGAGUUAAUGUAAAAUAUUUGCCUUUUCCUCUGUAUUUUAAAAGACACAAAUAAUGAUUCAUAUCCUUCAUUCUUGUAUUUGUACAUUUGAUAGUCAUAGCAUAUAAACAAUAGUUAACAUUUCACCAUUUAGUUUGACACAACCAAAUGGAUUUUAAAUUUCAAGGAAAAUGUUCCUAAAAUUCUACAGUUAUUUUUCACAAAAGAAAGGCCUAUAUGUUUCACUUUUCCAAAACUGCAUGAAAGUACUGAAGAACACUUUUUCUAGAUUGUCGUGUCAUAGGCUUCGUUUUGAAAAAAAAAACUUCUAGUUUGAAAGCAUUACAGAGGCAUUUCCAACACUGCAGCAUACUCACAGGAAAACAACCUGUUUGGACUUUGCAUUCAUGUAUUCCAGAUUUGUAAACUGCAGAGACUGUAUUAAACAUACAGACAUUUUUAUUUGGCUUUGUAGGAAAUUAGAAUGGAUUACUUUAGAAAAGACAAUAGAUUACCUGAAAAAAGACAGUGAUGCACAGCACCAAAAUCUAAUUCCAUUUUGGUGUGGAAGUGUGCCAUAAGCAACUAGAGUCAAAGCUGACCCUUGUUGUCAUUGUUUUAUUUGCUCCUGUACUUAGGCAAGCAAUUUUCAAUAGCUAAAACCCUGACUCAUCCUUUAACAUACAAUAAUAUGAAUGGUGCUAAGCAAUCUGUAUAUUCUGUAAGUUUCUUAGAACUGGUAUCAGUAUACCUUGUCUCUAGUAAAUAAACAAAUACAGGAGACAGCUAGCAAAUUUCAUCUGAAGACUAUAUAACUGAGACUUGUAUACUACAAAGGUCAUGCAAUCAAAACAGGAGCCAGAUUUUUUUAUCAGAAUUCCAAAUAUUUAAUUUCCCAUUCUGCAUGCAUAAUAUUGUGUUGGCCCUUCCUUUCUUCCUUAAACAGAGAGCAAAAUGGGCCAUGAAGCAGUAUUUAUGUUAAAUAAAAUUGGCAGAUAUCAUCCAUUGCACAGCAGUAGGGUUUCAAUGGUAGAAGUAGACGAUGAAAUUAAAUUUAACAUUUUGCUAAAAGAACUGUUGUGGGGUGAGAAGAUUCCAGUUAUUUUAAACAAUCCUGCUUUAACCCUGUAUCCACUUAAAAUAGUAUCUGCACAUUUUCCAUUUAAAACAGGGUGAACAGCUGAUAGAUCAAGUAUAUGAUAACACUUUUGUUUAAUGAUAAUUAUCCACUGAUUAAUAAGUAUGAUGUUAAUAAAGGUUUGAUUAAAAGGGAA